AAAUGUAUGAUACCAAUGUUUAGUUGCAAUGCAAUCAACAUUAUGGACAGUGUCAAAGGGCAGAAUUGUGUUACCGCGUUUAACAUCAUCCCAAUGGAGAAUUAUGAUGUAACUGAUCUACGACUUCAAAAUAACGGCGGUGCUCAAAAUAGUAAAAAGAAUCCAAACGACCUCAAUGAGGAAGAUAAAGCUGUUGAUAGACAUUUUUUCACAGAAGUCAGAAAUCAAGACGAGGAUUUACAUUUGACGUGGACUGAACUAUACCCUCAGGUUUUGGCUAGCUUCGUAGCCUUCCUUAUAGUCCUUCAGCCAGGAAUCAAUUUAGCCUACUCAAACGUGUUAUUACAUCAUUUUCCAUACAUAAGCAGAAUUCAAUUUUCAUGGAUAACUAGCGUUAUGCCUUUAUGUACGCCUUUGGGAGCAAUUUUCAUCGGUCCGCUCAUGGACAGAAUUGGCCGGAAAAAUGCUUGUUUCUGGACUUGUCUACCGCUAUUAGCUUCUUGGCUGUUCGCCGUGGCUACGACUAACGACAAUAUCGCGUUGUUUUACAUAUCCAGGAUAUUCGCCGGCAUCGGCUCUGGCAUGACUACGGUAGCCAUCGUGUACGUGUCGGAAAUAGCUCAUCCCACUUACAAACAAAUUCUGUUGUCAUUGAACAGUGUGUUUUUCUCGGCCGGAAUAUUGCUAUCUACGCUGUUGAUCAACUUUCUCGACUGGAAAGCCAUCACCAUAACAUUUGUAUCGCUCACCGUGGCCAGCAUGGCGUUGAUAGUGAUAUGCAUGCCGGAAAGUCCGGUGUGGAUAUUCAAGUUCAAAGGUCCGGAGUACGAGAUCGAAGGGAAACGUGCGAUAAAACAGAUUUAUCCUCACAACAUUCGAUUGUUCAAUACCGAACGGAACGUCCUAAACGAGAAUGGAAACAACUACGCAAACGACAAGUCUAAGCAGACGUUUUUCCAAACACUGCGGACCAGCCAGGCCGCUUACAAGCCAGUGAUCAUAUUGGUCGUUCUGCUGACCCUGCAACAGUGCAGCGGCGCGUACAUGACCAUAUCGUACGCGCUGCCAGUGUUCCAGUCGAUCGUGCCGGGCGGAUCGGCCAACGAACUGGAAACACUGGCGCUGUUGGGUGUCAUCAGGUUCGUCGGCGGCAUCGCCACGUCGUUGUUGUCGUUUUACUUCGGUCGCAGACCUCUCAUGGUGGUUUCGUGUUUGGGCAUGGCUCUGUCGUCGGCUACGGUGACAUUGACGGUUGGCUCGCAACAGACGCCGAUCGGCUCAGAUCAGAUCGGGUUGACUGGCUUGUCCGUUCCGUUAGUCGGCGUCAUGGUGUUCGUGCUGAGCAGUUCGAUUGGCGUGCUCGUGUUCCCUUGGACGUUGAUCAGCGAACUGCUGCCUACGUCUAUCAGGGCUGUCGGCGGCGGAUUACUGGUAUCCUACGGUUACUUGUCCAUGUUCACCACGCUCCGCAUGUUCCCGCACUUGUUGGCAUCGCUUGGCGCGGCCAACACGUUUGCGGUUUUUGGGUUGGUAUCGCUGACGAUGGCCGCUUACGUGUAUUUGCUGUUACCGGAAUCGCUGGGCAAAAGCUUUCAACAAAUGGAAGAGUAUUUCUUGCGGGGCAAAUUAUUAUAUUCUGCUCGAUGAGCUCAGGAAGAUCGGUAGCGGCUUUGGAAAGCACAAAACGAUUUAAUUUUCGUAUACGACUUACCGUUAUCAAAAUAUAUUUAUAUAUUGUGCCUCUCAUUUUGUUAUAUCUAUAUCAGAAAUGUUUGUGUGGUUGCCGUCGUUUUCAUGUGCUCCGCUGUAGACUUGAUAAAAAUAAACGAGUGAAGUAUUUUGACAGUAAUACUUUUCUCUAGUUUAAACAAUACAAU